AUGACUCAACACUUUGCCUUAAUGAAGAGAAAACAAUGGAAAAAUGUAAAUUGCUCAAAUAAUUUAUUUCAAGAAAUUUUUCAUCGUGUUUAUAACAAAAAUCUAUGCUGUUUUCGAUCUCAUAAAACUGGUCACAUGACAUUACAACGCAUACAUAAUUAUUGUGAAAAGCAGGGCUUCAUAUUAAAUGAUUCAACAAUAAAUACGAUUCAAAUAUCUUUUGCAAAUAUGAUAACAUCAGCAUUUGAUUAUGUCAUUGAAGGCAACCAUCCCGAUCAUAAUAGAACUGAUAUUAAAUUUCAAUUAACACAUGUUAAUGCAUUACCUAGUCGUAAUGAAAAAGGAAUCUUUAUUAUUAUCGAACUAGGAAAUAUUAUUGAAGAUGUACGAUAUAAUCUUGUUUCUUUACUUGGAAAGCAAAUACCAUCCUAUGAUAUUUUACAUAGUCGAGGUUAUAAUUUAGCUGAAGAAAUACGCAAGAGUAAUGGUACUUUGUUAGUCGACCAAUUAACUAUUGGAUUAAAAGAUUUUCUCGAACAGAUUUCAUUAAACGAAAAACUUCCUCAAAUAAUUCAACUUGGUUUACUUGUUCAUUUUCCUAUAAAACAAAAUGAGCUCAAUCAUGCUGAGAUAAUAUCUUGGUCGAAUCGUUUUCAUUGUCCUGAUUUACUUAAUUGCGACUUUUUACAUAUUUUUCGUCAAUCAAUUCAACGCUACAUAUUGAAUUAUCGUAUAGAUUUAACAGCAUGUAUGCAAGAAAGUGUUGCUGCAUUAAUAUCGGUAGCAUUUGAAUAUCCAAAUACGUUAAUUUCAAUUAUAUUUAAUCAUACAUUUCAAUUAUCAUUUGUUGAAGAUACAGAAAUAUUACGUUCAAAAAAUAUUUUUCAACAAAAAGAAUUACGUGCACUUUAUCAAACAAUUCUUUCGUUUAAUUUUCAAUUUCUACAUUCGAAUAAAUCAAUAAAAAGUCACGCAUUAUUUCAAACAUUAUUAACAUCGAUCGAUAUAAAUGUAAUGCGCCGAUUAAAUGUUAAUUAUUUUGAUAUAUUUACAUGUGACUUGUGUUUACUUGAAAUUAUACGCUUAACAAUAGUUGAAUUAUGUAUUCAUGAAAAAUUAUUACCCUAUGAAUUGUGGUCAAACUCGAAAUUGAUUGAGCAGGGUUCGAUAGACUUUAAAUUUAUUUCAUAUCUUUUACAGGGUAAAUAUUCAAAAUUAAAAUUUUAUUUAACUAAAUUGGAUUUAAAGAAAAUUAAAAAAAUAAGUUUAAUCUAUAUGGAAUAUAUUUGCCAUGUUGUAAUUCGACGUUCAACACAAAUUCUUUCUUGUUUAAUUGCUUGUUUAUCUGAUCGUUAUAAUGAAGAAAAUUUAACUAUUGCUAUUGAUAGUUAUCUUUAUCGUUCGUGUCCGGUUUAUCAAAUGUAUUUGUAUCAUGAUAUUGAAUAUUUACGAGAAUCUUGGAUAAAGAUGUUUCAUUUUAUCAAUGCAGCCAAUAAAUUUUAUCUUGGUCCAGCAGCUGUGAUGGGUUUACAAAAGACACAAAAAGCCAUGAUAAAUCAAGAUGAUGCUAUCAGUCAUUUACAUAUACGUACAAAACCAUAUCAACAUACUGACACUACUAAAUUAUCUUAUUCAUAA